UCGGAAAUGAGUCUCAAUGAGUCGCAAGGAAAACAUUUUAGAUCCCAGUAGGUCUUUCUUUACAACCAAACAAAUGUCCUAUCGACUGUUUAGAAUCAUUCCAUUCGAAACUGUGAAACAGACAGCUUUCAUUCCCAAGCAAAACAAAAAAAAUUAUUUAUUUUUGAGAUAUUCCGUGAGUAAAUUGCAAUUUUUCGUCAGAAUGUCAUCGUAUUUGGCACGUCUGUUGAAGGCUAAGACCGCCUCCAAGCGACUCGUCUCGAAAUUGGGGCAGCGCAAGGGAAAACUCAGUUCCCUGCUGCAGCGUAUGGGACUGCAGAAGUGGGCGGAUACCGUCGCCGCACGAGCAAUCUCCACAACUCCAGUACUAAAGGCGGAAAUGGCCGAUGACAUGGAACUGGCCACCGGUAUCGCCAAGCGUGAGAUGCAGCUAAAGGAGCAGGGCUGCGGUGAUCCCUGGGGUCUAGGCAAGAUUCUAAAGCGGGGCUCUGGCAGGCUGAACGAUCCUACCGAAAUACCCUCGGCAUUUGAUGGUCGCCUCGUGGGCUGCCUGUGCCUGGACGACCGUUUCGCCAAGUGGAUGUGGCUAGAGGAGGGACCACCGAAGCGUUGCGAAUGCGGGCACUACUUUGUGCUGAAGAAAGUGCCACCCGUUUAGUGACAAACAACCAAACACACAACACACUCCAAUACACUCUAACGCACACAACACUGAACACCGUCUGCCAUUCACAGGUCCUUUCUUCCAUUUAACGUAACCCGUAACCCGUAACCCGUAACCACGCACACACCGAGCAUUGUAAUCCAGUGAUAAAACAUGAUAUUAUCAAAAACAGAA